UCCGGUGGGCAGGGGAUGGAGACGGGUUCGGGUUCUGGGGACGGGCAGACAAGGGGAGUACUGACCCACGGUGGGCGCUACGUGCGAUACAAUGUGUACGGCAACCUGUUCGAGGUGUCCGCCAAGUAUACUCCUCCACUUCGGCCUAUCGGGAGAGGGGCUUACGGCAUUGUUUGUGCUGCUGUUAAUUCACAAACACGUGAAGAGGUUGCUAUUAAGAAGAUUGGCAAUGCAUUUGAUAAUCGGAUUGAUGCAAAGAGAACUUUAAGAGAAAUAAAGCUUCUCCAUCACAUGGAUCACGAAAAUAUACUUGCCAUCAAGGACAUCAUACGCCCUCCACAGAGGGAAAACUUUAAUGACGUAUACAUUGUUUUUGAAUUAAUGGAUACUGAUCUUCACCAAAUAAUCCGGUCCAAUCAGCCAUUGACUGAUGACCAUUGCCAGUAUUUUCUAUAUCAGAUAUUACGAGGGCUGAAAUAUGUCCAUUCAGCAAAUGUCUUGCACCGUGAUCUCAAGCCUAGCAAUUUGUUCUUAAAUGCAAAUUGUGAUCUUAAGAUAGGAGACUUUGGACUUGCAAGGACAACCUCUGAAACAGAUUUCAUGACAGAGUAUGUUGUCACUCGUUGGUACCGAGCACCUGAGCUGCUCCUUAAUUGUUCAGAAUACACUGCUGCUAUCGACGUUUGGUCAGUCGGGUGCAUGCUCGGGGAAAUUGUGACACGUGAACCUUUAUUUCCAGGAAGAGACUAUGUCCAUCAGCUAAGAUUGAUCACUGAGCUAAUAGGUUCACCAGAUGACUCAAGCCUUGGGUUUCUUCGAAGUGAAAAUGCCCGAAGAUAUGUAAGACAGCUACCGCAAUAUCCAAAGCAAAAUUUCUCAGUCAGAUUCCCCACCAUGUCUCCUGGAGCACUUGAUUUGCUGGAGAGAAUGCUUGUGUUUGAUCCAAGCAAGCGCAUUACAGUUGAUGAGGCUCUUUGUCAUCCAUAUUUGGCGUCUCUUCAUGACAUCAAUGAUGAGCCUGUCUGUCGAGCACCUUUCAAUUUUGAUUUUGAGCAGCCAUCAUUUACCGAAGAAAAUAUCAAGGAGCUCAUAUGGAGGGAGUCACUGAAGUUCAACCCAGAUCCUAUUCAUUAGGAAGAUAUACACGUAUGUACUAUAUAUACCUAAAAAUAUGGUACUCAGUUUGAGUGUUUGUUCAUUAGAUAGAAAGAAAUAUGUGCCUCUAUGGUCAUCAUGGUACAAUUUAUUGGGAGUGUCCAUAGAUGGAGUCAUUAAUGUCCUCUCUACAUCAUGCUUAAUGUAAGAUAUUGGAAGUGGAUCAAAUGGUUCAGUUAUAAAGCAAGUUGUAUGCAGAAGUUCACCAUGCUAUGUGUAGGCCUUUGAACUAGAAUGUUGAGCAUUCUGGUCCAAGAAUCAUUCAGGCGUUACCAUAAUAGCACGUCUUUAAAAUAA